AUGAAACAUGACCUGAGCUGCCUUGAGCCGGAGGCGCAGGGCGAUGGCUCACGUAUAGCUUCCUCACCACCAGUCAAUGACGAUGAGACGAAGAUUGGAGAGCAAACAUUGGCUUCAGAAGCUCUUGGAAGGGACCACGGUGUAACGGAUCAUAAGCCGAUGACCUUUCAGCCCGAAAAAAGGGAAACUCGGUCAUCCGACUUUUUGCUCAAGGAGGUGUACUCCUGGUCCGACACACCCGGCUAUCCCGCGAGCAUGCAUCCUUUAAAAUGGGUUCUAGUCACCCGAGCCUGGACCGCAGAUAGAACGCAAUCGAUUUUUCAGAGGGACGUUGAAUACCAUCUAGGUUUCUCUUGUCAAUUUAGCCUGAUGAUCCUCAUCGUUGCUUGUACCAGAUCAGCUUGGCCAGUCCAGACUCCCUCUUUAUGGGACUCUUGGUCCAUGCACCCCGCAAACCCGGAGCUUCCGGGGCCUCGGCUAGCUUCCCGGCAGCCCACAGGCUCCAUAGAAAAGGCUUUCGCCCCGCACCUCGAAGUCCACCUCAUCCACAACGAAUACGGAGAAGCUCUUUGA